AAUGACUGAGCCUGCCCCACCCACCAUUGACAGCGCGCCUAAACCGGGCCCACCACCCUAUGCGCCACACUCGGGCACCGUCCACCCUCAGGCCCCGACCCCCCAGGAGUACCAGGGGCCAGGGGUAGUCCCAUACCAGCCCAACUACUAUACCCCCCCUCACCAGCAGCCCGUCAUGCAACAGCCUAUGCCCAUGCAGACGAUGCAGUCGCACAACACCACGGUGGUGGUGGCGGGGCUAGGAGGGGGCGGGCCAGUGUACGCUCCCCCCCGGGGAUGGAGCACGGGGCUGUGUGGGUGCUUUGAAGACGUUAUGGGAUGUCUCAACAAGAGCCCAUAUGUUGAUUCAACAAGAGCCCAUAUGUGGCUUCAACAAGAGCCCAUAUGCUGUCUCAACAAGAGCCCAUAUGUGGUUUCAACAAGAGCCCAUAUGUGGUUUCAACAAGAGCCCGUAUGUUGUCUCAACAGGUGA